AUGGCAGAGCUUGUCCCCGGUCCUGAUCCGUCGGAUGAAGAAAGAGCCAAAUUCGAGAAUUUUGAAUGCGUAAAGCGUGACGGGUUCGAGACUGAUAUGUAUCCUGGUUUGUGUACAGUCUUUCAAUCUGUUAUAAACGCCGUCCCUCAGAGUGGCCUCUCUGCUAAAGACACUGGCGAAUACCCGGACGUGACUGGUACUUAA